AUGUCCGAUCAAAUCCUCUCUGGAAAGACCUGCCUCAUCACUGGCGGCGGCGGAGGCCUGGGCAAGGCAAUCGCAACUCAAUUCCUUGAGGCCGGCGCCAAUGUCGUUAUCUGCGAUGUCAACGAAGAGCGCCUGCAGGCUACCUCGGCUGAGCUGUCCCCUAAGGGACCCCUGAAAGCCAUCAAGACCGACAUCACCAACACAAGCGAGGUCGAGCGCCUUUUUGAAACUCUUAUCGGCGAGUUCGGUAAGAUCGAUGUCCUCGUCAACAAUGCUGGUAUUAUGGAUCACUUCGAUCCGAUUGGUGAUCUCGACAUGGAACUCUGGGAUCGCGUUAUGGCAAUCAACCUCACCGCGCCGGCGCUGCUGAGCAAACUCGCUGUGCGCAAUAUGCUGGCGCAGCCGCAGCCUGAUGGACGCAUUAUCAAUAUUGUUUCUGUUGCCGGCAAGGCUGGAUGGGCUAGUGGUGCUGCUUACACAGCUAGUAAGCACGGUCUUGUUGGGUUGACCAAGAACACUGCUGCUUACUAUGGUAACAUGGGAAUCAAGUGCAACGCUCUGAUGAUGGGUGGUAUGGAGACCAACAUUGUUGAUGCCUUCGGGUCCGGCAUCAAUGUCCAGGGAAUGCAGAAGCUGAAGACUGUCCUGGAGGCAAUUCAAGCACCUCACGUUGAUGUCAAUGAAGUUGCUGCGUUCUGCGUGAACUUGACCUAUGGCAGGGGUGCUAGCCAGAUCAAUGGUGCUACAAUUGCUAUUGAUAACGGUUGGACCUCCGUUGUUGGAUAA